AUAGUUUGAUUCAAAUUUAAUAACGUUUAUUUCGAAAAACAAAUCCUUAACAGCGAGAAAAAGGUUGUGCCCAAAAAUACAGCUUCGUUUUCAAACACUUUAUAUUCAUUAAAAAAUUAGACGUUCCGUUAUUUACAAUUACACUUUUGAAAAAUAUUCAAUCGUAACCAGCUGUCGACUUGAAUUGUUUAAUAGGUUUGAGAAGAUCGCAGUCAUGCCAAAGUUGGAGACAAUGGAGUUUGAAGAUGACCGAGGAGGUUGGACGGAUGACAUGAACAGAGGUGGAGAUGACCCUGGAGGGGACGACACCAUGGAAAAUCCUCAGGAAGUUUUGAAUCAAUGCUUGGAAAAAUUUAAAACUAAUGAUUAUAUUAUGGAGCCAGGAAUAUUUACACAGUUGAAAAGAUACUUUCAAGCUGGUGGAAAUCCAGAACAAGUUAUUGAAUUGCUGUCAAAAAAUUAUACAGCUUGCGCACAGAUGGCAAAUCUUCUGGCAGAAUGGUUGAUUCUUGCAGGUGUCAAAGUCACCGAUGUCCAGGCAAUGGUUGAAAACAAUUUGAAAGACAUGAUUGUCAAAACUUUCGAUCCAAAAAAAGCUGACAAGAUUUUCACCGAAGAAGGAGAGACUCCAGCUUGGUUGACCGAAAUGAUUCAGCAUCCAACUUGGCGGUCUCUUAUUUAUAGAUUAGCAGAAGAAUACCCAGACUGUUUGAUGCUGAAUUUUACAAUAAAGUUAAUAUCUGAUGCUGGAUUUCAAGGGGAAAUAACAAGUAUUUCAACUGCGGCACAACAAAUAGAAGUUUUCUCAAGAGUACUGAAAACUGCGAUUGCAGGUUUUCUUCAAAACACUGAGAAUUGGCAAUCGAGUAUUCAAGAGUGUGCGAAAAUGGUUUGUCACGGUCAACAUACUUACGUGUACAGUCAAGUUUUGCUCCAGAUUUUGGCACAAGAGCCGAAAGGAGGUUUUAUGAUGAAAAGACUUUCCCAAGAAAUAACGAAAUGUGCUCAACAAAACCGUCAUGACGUGACUCCAAUUACGAUGGCACUGAACGGAGCAGCCGGCAAUCCAGCAGCUUGUCUCGCUCUCGCGUCCAUGCUUUCCCGAAACACUUUAAAUCCUGCGGACAUAGCAAUUUUGUUUCGCCAUUAUUCGGCUUUGGAACCUCCGCCAAUUGAGCUCAUCAGAAAUCCUCAAUUCUUAGAAUUAUUGGUUGACGCGCUUUUCAAGCCGGGCGUGAAAUUAAAUCCCGAACAUAAAUCAAAAUAUAUUUACUUGCUGGCUUAUGCGUCAAGCGUUUGUGAAACAACUCCAAAAAAAUCAAACACCCGAAAAAUAAAUAAAGACGAAUUGAAGACGACGAUCCAAGCGAUUGAAAAAGUUCACAAUAUUUGCAACGUUAACAAAGGAUCGACGGAGUUGAUAGCUGAAUUGAACACGCUCUACCAGUGCAUAAGAUUCCCGGUCGUCAGUUUUGGCAUAAUUCGAUGGGUCGAAUGCACAGUUACAGAACCAUCUUAUUUCAAGCUGAGCACCGAACAUUGUCCAGUUCAUUUGGCUCUUCUGGACGAGGUUGUCAGCUGUCAUCAUCUUCUUCAUCCCAAAGUUUUGCAAUUGCUCGUUAAGCUCUUCGAAAGUAAACAGGACGAACUUGAGAUUCUUGUGCAGCUUGAAAUGAAGAAAAUGUUGAUCGAUCGUAUGGUCAAUCUUUUGUCCCGAGGUUGCGUCGUUCCUGUCGUAUGUUAUAUCAAACAAUGUUGGCAAAGAGGUGACACUGAUGUAUCACUCAUUCGAUAUUUUGUGACCGAAGUACUCGAGGCAAUAGCUCCUCCUUAUACGAGUGAAUUCGUCCAAUUGUUUUUGCCGAUGGUUGAAAACGAGGAAAUAACUGGUACUAUGAGAGGCGACAGUGACAACGAUCUUGUCUCUGAAUUCAUUGUUCACUGCAAAGCUCAUUGCCCGGUUGGAAGGUGACGAUACAAGGAUUGAAACGCGAAUUGAUGUGGAAAGAUGAGCUUCAAAACCUCACGUGCUAAAAUGACUUCUUUUUCUAACUUUUUUUCAAUAUCAUUAUUGUUAUUAUUAUUAUUAUUAUUUCACAUAACGAGUUAAGUAAUGGUACAUUAACAUUGGAUCAAGUGUACAUAACAGAUGAAGAGUUCGAUCAAUGUCUACCGGAACUGCUGGUGUUGUGAUCUUACGUGGCCUCUGGAACAAGACAUUAAAAAAAUAUAUUAAAGAAAAAUUUUCAUCCCGAGCUUGAAAAAACAAUGAUUAGUAUUUUAAUUUCUCUUUGAGCUUCACCGCUUUUUUGAAUAGUUUCAUUUACAGACUGAGGUAAUUAAUUUGCAGGAAGUUAUUGUUAACUCUGAAUAUUUUGAAUAAUAUUCGGGUACUCCCAAAUUCCAUGCACAAAUCGAUAUAUGCAAAUUAGUUAUAAAGAAAAUGAUUAAUGCUUAGUUAUUAAUAAUAAUGACAAAUAAAUAAAUAAAAACUCGUUCAAAUGAA